AUGGAAUUUAAACCAAGCGAAACUGUUUUACGGGAUUAUGAAAAAGCUUUCGAGGUGGUACAAAAGGAGAAGAGACGAAUCAAAACAGAUAUUCACAAUAAACUUUUACAGGCAAUACAAGCGAUCGAGGAUGUUGGUUCAAGUGUCCAAAACGAUAGUAAUAAAUCAUUGAAGGACCUAGAAGAGGAACAUCAUAAAAUAUAUUUGAGCAAGAUAAACCUAUCCGAGAAAUUGGAGUUUACGAAUCAACUUUAUCGUUUGUCAUUCGGACAAUUUCAACAAGAAAGUGAAUCUAAACCUUUCAACAAAAAUUAUGAAGAAGCAUGGAUGUCAACCGUGUGGACUGAUGAAAAUUAUGAAAGUGAUAAGAUUCUUACGAAAUGGUAUUGGCAAUUGAAAGCGUAUUUAAAUGACCUUCCUGCUAAACAAAAUUUGACAACUUCUGAAAUUUUGCUCGUUGAUGUUAUCGCGUAUGAUGUCACUUAUUCUUCCGGGGAAUUACACAAUAAAACCGAAACUAGAGUGUUAUGUUUCAGCACGCGACGUUCUGGCCAUAUCGUCCAAGUUCGUGUGACCAGUGUAGACUCCGAUCCUCAUUUUAAAAUCAUCUUCGACUUUCCUCUUGUUAAAUCGAUUGAUAAAUUCCAUAAAGAAUUUUCAUUGUUACCGGGUUUCGGCCUUGACUUUACGAAUUUUAUUAAAAGUGUAAUUUGGAAGGAGAUGGAUGAAUUAUUUGAAACAAAGUGA